AAACACAUCUGCAAGAAUAUUACAAUGAUACAAAAAUGGGACUUUUGGUUUUUUUGUCACUGAUUUUCAUCUUACAGAAGAUGGUGCAUUCCACAUGGAAGAAGACCCUGAACAUGAACCAAGAUCACAUUCUACCAAUCCAAAGAUUUUGGACCAAACAACAGAAUCAUCAGUAAUUCCUCCAAGAAACGACAAUCUGGAUACACUGCCUGAGAACCCAUCACAGUUAUCCAGUGGAGACAAUAUGCUGGAACUACACUCCAGUUACAAAGACGGUUUGGUAACAGUGAACAUGACUGAAACAAGAGAAACACAUACAUGUAUGUUAGAAGAUCAACAUGGGUUAUUAGCCACAGCUGCUGAGGGUGAAUCCCAGGAACGUAUAAACCAGCUGGAAAAGGAGUCACAGGAAUGUGACACAGAGAAUCAGAUUCCCCAAGUUGAAUUUAAAAGAAACUCUUCCCAUGAGGGAUCACAAUCUCCCACCAAUCAUCCAGCCUCUGAUGCAACAACACCAACAGACAAAUGGACACGGUUUGGUGCCAGGCCAAAGACCAGCUCUCCUUUGAAAAGGACUCCACUAGAGCCCUUGCUGGUUGAGUCUCGGACUUCUGGAUUGCCUGAUGCAGUACCAGUAGGUUCAUCAGAAAGUGGAAUUAAUGAAGAAUUCUUAAAAAGACACUCUCGAGGCAAAUCCCUAUUUGAGAGUCAACACCACUGCAAUACAGAACAUGAAUCUAGUAACGCUUCAUUAAUGGGAGCUUCAUAUAUGGAGAGCAUGACGAACUUUAUUGAAGCUACCAGAAUUGAACCAUAUACAGUUGAUGAUGAAGUGGCCUGCAGGUCUGACGAACAUAACAGAUUGAACUUGCCAUUACUUAUGGGGGAAGAUCAGAGAGGUUAUGCAGUGGGUGGUUCUACCUUUCGAGAGUCACUUAAUGGUACUGGACCAGACUGUGCUCCAAACAGUGAUCAUCUUCCAAGUAGGUCAUUGGGGAACAUGGCUCGUGUAGCUGCAGGGAACUUUAAUUUGCUAUGCCCCUAUUCAGCUGGAAGAUCUAAUGGAGCUUUGAAUGGGGUCCUGUCAGAGGCAGAAUCCACUGCAGCACAUCUGUAUGCACCAGAGAAUGCUAGCAGUAACACAGCUCCUGAUCAAGUGGCUUUGGAGGCAGUUGUUUCUGAACCAUGCCGUGCUGAGUCGGCUAAUUCUAGAGAUUCCAUGUCAGACAGAAACACUGUUAGCGACUGCAAUGAGAUUAACUUGGCACUUCUUGCCUUGGCACAACGUAUUCAAGAAGCUUGUGUUGCAUCUAGGGAGCGGCAGAUUGAAGGAGAACAACAGAGGGAAGCAAGGGUGAGAGCAUGGAAUUCGAAUAGGAGGUUUCAGGGACUGGCAGAAGAUUUUAUUAUAGAGUCACUAGACUCAACUCCCAACAGUGCAAGAGCCCUGGUGAGGAGAGAGGCAGCAAUUAGAGCCUCCACAGAAGAGAUGAGAGGUCCGUCUUCACAUUCCGGACCUGGGGAGCGCAACUGUGUCUGCCUGGAGGUAAUAUUCAGAUAAUAUUUAUCUUUUUGUUAGAAUUUAUAAACCCAUUUCAUUUAUAAAUGAAUCUGAUUGUUGUUCUCCUUUUAUUUAUUUGCUGCUA